UGGCUGCGGCUCCUUAAUUAAUUGCAGCUAUCUGUCUCCUAUCGAUGUGUGUGUACAUGUGUGUUGUGUGUGUGUGUGUUGUGUUUCCUCUUUUCUCCCCAAACCGAACAUGAAAUAGUUUGUUGGGCUAUACUUUCUUUCUUCCUGUCGUUCCCCCUUCCUUCCUCCCCGUCCUGGUUCGCGGGCGCAGACCGUACAGAUUGAGACCCAGCUGUGUUAGUCGCUUCUGCUCGUUGCCAUUUUCCCCCCUCAUUGCCCGGUGAUGUUGGAUAUGGGAGAGCGCAAAGAGGUGAAAAUGAUUCCUAAAUCGUCGUUCAGUAUAAACAGUUUGGUGCCGGAGGCCGUGCAAAGCGACAACAACAACCACCAGAACCAGCACCAGCACCACCAGAACCACCACCUCCACCACAUCCACCGGCCCGGCGGCGGCGGCGCGGACGAAGCCGAGCAGAAGGCUCCUCUCCCGGCCGCGCAGCAGGACGGCAAAGCGGAUCCUAAAAGUGACUCCUCGAGCCAGGAGAGCUGCCCGGACGAGAAGGAGAAGUCGGAGGAGAAGAAGGAGGGGAAGGACGGGGACGCCGGAGGGAAAGACGGCGAGAAGAAGAGCGGCAAGUACGAAAAACCUCCGUUCAGCUACAACGCGCUCAUCAUGAUGGCCAUCCGGCAGAGUCCGGAGAAGAGGCUCACCCUGAACGGCAUCUACGAGUUCAUCAUGAAGAACUUCCCGUACUACCGGGAGAACAAGCAGGGCUGGCAGAACUCCAUCCGGCACAACCUCAGCCUGAAUAAGUGCUUCGUCAAGGUGCCGCGGCACUACGACGACCCGGGCAAAGGGAACUACUGGAUGCUGGACCCGAGCAGCGACGACGUCUUCAUCGGCGGCACCACCGGGAAGCUGCGGCGGCGCUCCACCACGUCCCGGGCCAAGCUGGCCUUUAAGCGGGGCGCGCGGCUGACCUCCGGGCUGACCUUUAUGGACCGCGCCGGAUCCCUGUACUGGCCCAUGUCCCCCUUUCUGUCCCUGCACCACCCGCGGGCCGGCAGCGCCCUGGGCUACAACGGGACCUCCUCGGGCUACCCGGGUCACCCCAUGUCCUACAGCACCAUGCUCACGCAGAACAUGAGCAACAGCCACUCGUCGUUCCCGUCCUCCAACGGGAUCAGCAUGGACCGGCUGGUCGGCGGGGAUCUCCCCUACGCAACGCACCACCUGACGGCAGCGGCCCUGGCGGCCUCUGCGGUGCCGUGCGGCCUCUCCGUGCCUUGCUCCGGGGCCACGUACUCCCUCAACCCGUGCUCGGUCAACCUACUGGCCGGGCAGACCAGUUACUUUUUCCCCCAUGUGCCGCACCCGUCCAUGACCGCGCAGUCCGGCGUCGGCUCCUUGCAGGCCGCCCGGGCUUCGGCCUCCAAUUCCCCGCAGGCUCCGUCCUCCUCGCUGCAGUGUGACUCUCUGAGGCAGACUCUGUCCGGCUCUCUGCCGGCCUUCUCCUCGGGACUCUCCGGAGGUUUGUCUGACUAUUUUACGCAUCAAACUCAGGGUCCGACCUCCAACCCGCUGAUCCACUAACAUCCUCACCCUCACCCUCCGUCCAUCCAUGAAAACCCGUAAAAUGACUGGAACUCCGAUGGAGAGGCGACAGCAAGUCUCCACGCCGUAAACCGAUCCGCCUCGGAGAGAGCGCAAGGCCGAGCGGGAGAGGAUUCCUGAUAUGGAUCUACCUCAGAAACUCAGCCAAACAAAGCCUCACCUGUUUUCAGCGCCCUGCCUUGUUCCUCCUCCACCACCUCCUCCUCCUCCACCACCACCGCUGCACCACCAGACUCCGAAAAUCCACUUUGUCAAUUUGUGCAUUUUCUCCUCUGGUUUUGUUCCCGUUGGGGAUUGUGGACGCUUUGAUACACAGAAAUACCUGUUAGUAGUUGUCGAUCCUUCUUUCCAAAUACCUCCACCCACCCUCCCCUCCUCCACCGGUCUCACCGGAACAGAAAAUUACCCCAUUUACCCUCCUCCCUUCUCCAUUUUGGGUGUCCCAAAUCGGGGCCCCCCGGGGCAGAUCCCAGACAUAAAAGUUAGCAUUGAGGAGCCGAGGGUCCGAUAUCAGUUAAUGUGAGAUACAACUAAUUAGUCCAUUAUCGGGCCCCCGCUCUCACCGGCUCAUAAAUUGGAGCCACUCAAAGGUCGUUUAUUAUUUAUCAGAGUGGGUGAGGGAGGGGGAGGAGGAGGGGGAGUGCGGCUGGUGCUCCGGUUUGCUUGUUCAACAUAUCAAGAUUAGUUUCAACUAGCCCUGUUGGAUGACUGCAGCCUGCAAGCACCACACACACACACACACACACACACACACACACACACACACACACACACUUCAUAACACACACUCCUGGUCUCUGUCCGGCUGCAGGAGCCCGACAGAGAUUCAAACAGAAUUCCUUUUGUGUUCCGUCUGUGCAGAAACUUUGAAUUGAGAGUUCAAUGAUCGGUCAAUGUGUGACUGCAUUAUCAAUGUGUUAUGAAUGUUGGAUGAUAACUUGUUAUAGUAGUUUGUGUCUGUUCUGUUAGAAA